UGUGUGUAAUUUGUACGUGUGCUUUGUAGCACCUGCGUCCCAUCCUACAGUCCCCCAUCCGGAGAAAGCCAUCUCAAGCAGAAGAAAGAGAUCAGGCCGCUUUAUGAGUCAUAGUUUGUCAAAAUCCACGUCCAAACAAAACGAUCAGCGUCGAAAUCCUUGUUGGGCCGGUGGGUGGUGUUAAAAGGUCCUUCCGGGGAUCGCCUUCCCUUUCUUUCGCGGCAUUCCAUUUCUACGGCGCAAUUCGUCAUAUUGCAAGUACAACAACAUUUUUCUGCUUCAGCGCAACGGUGUGGCAGCGAAUUCUGUUGUACGUUCAGAGACGAAGGUAGAAGCAGCACCGGAAAAGCUACGCACGAAACAGUGAAAAGGCUACGAAAAGUCAAUAUUAAUCUAAAGCCGGGUCGUGCCGUUCGUUUUGCAACGCGCUAGCAAAGGAGGCGACGACGUUUUAACGAGCGAGUAAGUGUGACAAAGAAUAUUGUUCAUUAAAAUUUAUUACAAAGUAAGCAUUGAUGGUCCAGUAGCGGACGCGCGAUAGAUUUACCUUUUUUCUACUGCUUGUAUCCAACAAAACCGCCACAAUUUUGGAGGUAUUGUCAGCAGAGGGUGUUUGUGGUUGCGGCGAGUGUGCAACCAGCGGCGGCGCAGUACCGAGCGGCAGCGAGGGAGGCGGCGUCGGCGGCGGUACGGUUGCAACUUCCGGGGCUAUGGGUGCCCCGUCCAACGGCUCCAAGACGGCACAUUCAAAGGUUGCUACCGGAGGAGGUCAUGCCAACACGCAGACCUCCAGCAAGCGUUCCAGCAGCGGAGCCGACGGUGACUACCAGCUGGUACAGCAUGAGGUGCUCUACUCCCUGUCCGCCCAAUAUGAGGUCCUGGAAUUCCUCGGUCGCGGCACGUUCGGGCAGGUGGUAAAAUGCUGGAAGAAGGGCACGAGCGACAUCGUCGCGAUCAAGAUCCUGAAGAACCAUCCGUCCUAUGCGCGCCAGGGUCAGAUCGAGGUGUCGAUCCUCAGCCGACUCAGCCAGGAAAAUGCGGACGAGUUCAACUUCGUGCGAGCGUUCGAGUGCUUCCAGCACAAAAACCACACCUGCCUGGUGUUCGAGAUGCUGGAGCAGAACCUCUACGACUUCCUGAAGCAGAACAAAUUCUCGCCGUUACCGCUGAAGUACAUCAGGCCCAUCCUGCAACAGGUUCUGACGGCCCUGUUGAAGCUGAAGCAGUUGGGCUUGAUCCAUGCUGACUUGAAGCCGGAGAACAUCAUGCUGGUGGAUCCGAACCGACAACCGUACCGCGUGAAGGUGAUCGAUUUUGGGUCGGCGUCGCACGUCAGCAAAACGGUGUGCAAUACGUACCUGCAGUCGCGUUACUAUCGCGCACCGGAAAUCAUCCUCGGGUUGCCGUUCUGCGAGGCGAUCGACAUGUGGUCGCUCGGCUGUGUGGUGGCGGAACUGUUCCUGGGUUGGCCCUUGUAUCCCGGAUCAUCUGAGUAUGAUCAAAUCAGGUACAUAUCGCAGACACAGGGUCUACCGACUGAACACAUGCUGAAUAGUGCCAGCAAGACGGCAAAGUUCUUCUACCGCGAUGUCGACUCGACUUAUCCUUUCUGGCGGUUGAAAACACCCGAAGAGCACGAGGCGGAGACGAACAACAAGAGCAAGGAGGCACGCAAGUACAUCUUCAACUGUUUGGACGAUAUCGGGCAGGUGAAUGUACCGACCGAUAUCGAAGGCGGACAGCUGUUGGCUGAAAAGACCGAUCGUCGGGAGUUUAUCGAUCUGUUGAAGCGGAUGCUUACGAUUGAUCAAGAACGCCGCAUUACUCCAGGGGAGGCUUUGAACCAUUCGUUUGCGACAUUGGCGCAUCUGGUCGAUUAUGCGCACUGCAACAAUGUGAAGGCUUCGGUGCAGAUGAUGGAAGUUUGUCGCCGUACGGACUCGAUGAUUCACACCUAUAACCUGAGUGUGCAACCAACGACGGCCACGUUAGUGACGAACUUUGUGCCCAAUACGACCGAGAACAUGACGAUCACGUUCAACAAUCAGGUGCAGCGGAUUGUGCGCGAGCGUGCACCAACAUACGACAACCAUCUGUACCAGAUCUACGGUGGUCGAAAUGUGGGUCGUCAGUAUAGUAAUGCACGGCCAGAUGCGUUCCCACAUCAGUUGGUAUCGAGCAUUCUUUGUCCACCGGGCUACCAGACGAUGCCUAGCCCGACCAAGCACGUGGUCGUUGGUGGUACGUCGAUGCAACCACCGUUACAGGUACCCCCGCAGCAGUACGUGAACGUGCCCGUACCGGUGUCGAUGGUGGAACCAUCGUCCGGUCAACGGAUGUUGCUCACGAACGCCGUACAGCCGAACGUCGCAUGGCCACAGUCGGGCCGGCAGGUCGCCAUCGUACCGUCCUGGUCGCAGCAACCCGGUCCAGCACAUUCGCUGAUCGUUGAUUCGGCACCGUUCUUGAAGCUCGAAGGACUCUACCAGAACCCGCACAUCAACAUCCAGACGAACCAUCACGAGCCGAAGAAGGAGUCACCGGUGCAUCAUCUGGUUGUUCGUAAAUAUUCCAGCGUUUCCCGGCACGACAAGAAGGAAAACAACCAAUUGUCGCCGGUCAAAAAACGUGUCAAGGAGAACACUCCACCUCACCAGCGGUACAACCGGAGCCACAUGUGUCCGCAGUAUCAUGACAACGGUACGAGCAGUGGUACUGGAGCCGGAACUAGCAGCGCGGUCGCCUCAUCCUCCUCAUCGACGUCCUCGUUCUACCAGCAGCAACAGCAGCAGCCAUCGCAGGUCGCCAGCACUAGUAGCAGUCAGCAGAUGCAAGCGCCGCCCGUCCAGCAGGCACAGGCCCAAGUACCGGCACCGCAGCAUCACCAUCACCAUCACCAUUCGCAACAGCAGCCACCGCAGCUAGCGAGUGGAAGUGGUGGCAGUGGUGGUCACCACAGUCACCAUCAUCAGCAGCAACACUAUCAGCAGGUCGAUUCAUCGGGACCGAUCAGUGGCGGAGGCAGUGGUGGUGCGGGUAACCUACAUCACUCUUCUUCGUCCACCUCGUCAUAUGGCGGUAGCGGUAGCGGUGGCUCGUCAGUAGUGAUGGGCGGCGGUGGAAAUAUCCACCACAGCGGUAGUGGUCAUCAUCAUCACGGUAGUAGUGGACACAUCCAUCACGGCCAUAGCCACGGACACCACAGUGGACAUCACGGUGGUCACCAUGGGCAUGGUGGAAGCGCAAGCUACAGUGGCAGCAGCAAGCAGCAGACCAUCACGAUUCACGACACACCGUCACCGACGGCUGUGAUUACGAUCUCAGACAGCGAGGACGAAUUGCCGGAGGUGAAACAUAGCACCAGCUCGUCUUCGAAGAGCUCGCACACGACCUCGAAUCAGACAUGUACGCGUGGUACACAUCCGUCGUCGUCAUCGUCGUCAUCGUGUCGGGGCGGUGGAAACGGUUGCAGUGGCGGUAUUAAAACGUCCUCUUCCUCAUCGAACGUUGCCCACAACGCGUCCUCGACAAAUCAGCUCAAUGGUGGAUCGGGUGGACACCAGCAGCAAUCGUACCAACCGUAUCAGCCACAGCAGCAGCACAUGAGCGUUAUUAGCGGUGGCAGCAGCAGUAGCGGAAACGGUGUAUCGUGCAGCGCUGGGUCGAGCAGUGGUCGACAACGGAAAUCUACUGCCGUUUCAUCGUCCGCCACAGCGUGUGUUACGGUCGGUGACAGCGAUGGUGAAGGAGAACGUCGUAGUCCAAAGCAUCCUCCGAUUAAAUACGAACAGCAUGCAGGACAAUCGCAAAAGAAACGUCUACUGGCGAUGGCGCAGAACGAAUGUUUGCUACUGCCUUCGUCCGGUAGCAGCAGUGGUGGACAACAGCCGCUGCACGUCCCGAAGCAAGAACCGAGUGAAUUUGUUGCGUACGAGUAUCCUUCGCAACAGCAGCAGAUCGACAAACGUUCCUCGUGGGCACCACCCACGAUGGGAUCAUCGUCCUCCUCUUCGCAUUAUGGAAAUGGUGGUGGACACAAGCGCGAAUCUUCGUCCUAUAUCCCAUCGUCCUCGGCAUCAUCAUCAUCCUCGAUGGCAGCAGCAACGGCUGCAGCUGCUGCAGCAGCCGCUGCUGCCAUCCAGCAGCAACACCAGGGCGGCAGUGGAGGUUGUAGCGGUGGCGCGAUUGGUCAUGCUCCGCCACCCCAUGCUCACGCCAAGAGCACACCAACCGGGGCAACUUCGUGGGGCCCACCAACGGCUGCCGUCUACCGUCAGCAUCAGCCAAGCGCUAACACUCCACUAGGCAGCUCGCCCGGAGCAAUCCUGCAGCAACAUCAGCACCAGGCGCAACAGCAACCAGAUAUCUACGCCCAGGGAGACAUGUACCGUCGAUCGGCGGUAUUCGUGUCCCAGGCGGCACCGUACCAGACGGCGUACAAUCGAGUGGUGCCACCGCCAGCACACAAUGCCUCCAGCCGGCAGGUGCGGAACACACCGCUUAGCAAUAGCUCGCCGUACGCGUCCAAGGACAGCACGACAAGCACUGAGCGAUUCCCGUCUUUUCCGUUGCAGGUUCUGCCCACGCAUCCGCUGCCAGCGCACAUUCAGUUUCCGACCGCCCAGUACGGCCAGUUUGGGCCACUGAGUCCGGCUCAGAUCGCCAACAAGCACCACUACGCCUGGUUCGGCGAGUAAAAUCCAGCUACUUCAGGCUGUGUACGCCCGCACGCUCUUCAACAGCUGAAUGGCUCCUGGUUAUUCUAAUGAAAUGUGAAGAUGCAAUGUUGUCAACGUCUCUUUGCUGGUUCGCUGGGCAACAUAAUCUCUCCACAUCGUCUAUAUAUUGGAAGAAUGUAGGAUACAGAACAGCACUGUCGCCAGGAGUAUCUGCGUUGAGCUCUAUAAGGGCUUAUUUUUCGUUAGAAGAGUUCAUUUUUUGUUUCUCGUUUCGCUUAAUGUUUUCUUUCGUGCAUAGCGUCGCAUACCGUCUUAACAUCGUGUGUUAUUUCUCGGUGUUGGAAAUUGAUUGGAAUUAAUAUUAUGUGUUUAGAAUGGGUAUUGCUACUACACCUUUGCGUUUAUGGUGUGCAGUUCUUGUUUAGUGUUUUAGUAAUGUUUUACACGCCAAUUAUUUGAAUACGUUCAUACACAUCUAUGUAUGAUGCUUUAGUAGAGAUUACGUAGUGGAUUUGUGUUUAUAGUAAUUUUUUCAUCCAUUUCUUCGCUUGUCAUAUUCAGUCUUCUAUUCUUUAUAAUAGUUGAUUGAAUGAAUUUGCACAUUGCUCCUGUUCCAGCUGUGUUGGGAUAGUUUUCUUAUUCGAAAAUCUUUUAUUUCCAAACCUUGGCAAUAGUCUAUCUAUCUACGAAAGGAAAAAGGGAAGUUGUUCAAGAUGUACUAGAGAAUAGAUUGAAAUAUGUAUGUGUGUGUCUAUCUGUCUGAUAGUGAACUUUAACAAGGUGUGUACUACGUUUCUUGCUGAGUAGUAUUAUAACUGUCCAUGCACCACAUAUAGUCAUUUUCUAUGUAUUUUGAGGUUUGAUGAAGAUGGUAAUUCAUUUUUAGAAAACUUGGCAGCUGUUUAACAAUUAACAACAUUUGUGCAAGAUCCAAGGCAUGGUGAUCCGAGCGGGAUAGAGAUUUGAAUUCAUUGAUAAUGAGUGUACAGAAACCGUAAAAGGAUAAGGAGGAAUAGAAUUAGGUUAAUGUUCAUUAAUGUUUCAGUGUUUCACCUAGUAAGAACUGAAAGGGAUAAUGGGUUUAGGAUUUUUUUUUUUCAAAAUAUUGUUUUACAAUUAGUUCGAAAAUAUCUUAUCUACGUACGGCUUUAGUUCAAUCAUGUAAUUGUACAGCUUUAUUUUAGUAUGGAAAAAGGGAAAACAAGUGUAGCAUUGUGGUUAAACGACUGAAUGGAAUGUAUGAGCCAAGUAAGAAGAUGGUGUAUCUAUAUGGCUAGAAACUUCGUAUAAGAAGAUUGCGUUUGGGUAGAACUGCGUAGUUUUCCGUCACGGUUAUCAUUCAGUAAUAUGUGUAAAAAUGAAAUUGGGCGUGAAUGCAUCAAGUGCGUUUGUGAGUGAAUACUGGAAAAUCAUUGUGUUGCUUUAUAGUUUAACGUCAAAUCUUCUUUUCGUUUGAACCCUGUUUACAUUCGCCAUACGCAUAACUGGAGUAAAUGUAGCACUGAAUGAAAGAAGCGUAAAAGUAGCAGGCAUACCUGGGCAUAGUAGUAGUGCCACACGUUAAAAUAAUGGUUGGUACCUGUUGAACAAUUAUAAAAUAGCAACAAACGUUAACCGUUCGUCGCUUGCGUUGCGGUAAUUACUACACGCGCGUAUUCUUUGUAUAAAUGUUCUUUAGAAGCUCUACAAAAACAGGGCUGGCGCAAAGUAAUAAUUCGCAUUUAAGUAAUUGAAACAAAAAGGGGAAAAUCAGAUGGUAGCAACGGAAGAUGUUUAGAAGAUGGUAGUAGCUUAAUCGUAAAUUUGUGUUUUGUGAUUCUUGUUUAUCUUUUUAAUGUUUUGAAGCAUUAAGUUCGGGUUAUUAAUUGUCAUAAAUGUGUUUUUUCCGUAGGCGAGUGCGUUUGAGUUUGGAGACCAGCUUUAUAUGAUAUGAAUUGUGUUGAACGAUUUGGCUCAACUAGUGCGUACAGAGAGACACUUUUUAAUUAUCUUUGUGUGCCUAGCUCAGAGCUGUGGGAACUGUUCUGUUGGAUUCAGCCGGGUUUGAGUUCGAAUUGAAAAUGAACGCUGCUAUAUAUCGAGCAGUUGCUGCUAAUUCACAUUGCCAGUAAAGAUUUUCGUCGUUAGUGGAAGAAAAGCUUUACAAAAACAUACGCAAACACCCACAAAGAAUGAAUAAUUCAAAAUAUGAAAAUUAAACGAAGCUACGUAUAAUUGCUUCUUUCGAAGGUCAUGUUUAGUUGAACGUCCUGCAUUAAUUAAUUAACAAUCUAUUUUAAGAUGUGUGAAUAUGUGGGAUCAUCCGCAGAUGUUUGAUCGAUAACAAAUCAAUACAGCCAAUUGCCUUACAUAUGGAACAAAGCAAAACAAUUAAAACUAUAUUAAGUGUAACUACAGUGGCGAUGGUUGGUGUAGAAUCUAAAGAAGCGUUAAUUAUAAGUUAGCUUUGUGUUAACAGUGAAAUCCUAUUGCAAAAAAAUUCAUAAAUGUUGGCUGCACCCCGGUGAAUGCUAUUCGAUGGAAUAAUACUAUACGUUGAUACCAAGGAUCGCCUGGGUUGCCUGGUUGGCGCAAUAUGAAAGUUAUUUUAUUUUCGACUUUCUCAUUCUGCACUUGAAUCGAGUGGGACAGGUUAUCGCAUUAACAUAAAGCAUCACUACAUAUAGUGCGCCCCUAUGUUGAAUGAGUGUCCUAGCUAACUCGAUCACUGAUUUGGUAAUGGAUAAAUCCCAUAACAUGCAUUUGUGGAUGCUAUCGGCAAACGGAUAUGCUUUUUCAUUUAAUUAUGGUAGCGAAUGCUAGUUGAUAAAGUAAGUAAUGCAUAAAUGUGUAUUACACGAUGCAAUACAAGUGUACUGUUCAGGAUAUCUAAUCGCGAUCUGUGCAUCGGUCGAUCCACAACAUGAAUGUAAGAUCUCUAAUAUAGGUUUCUGCGUGACUUUGCCCCACUAUGAUUCUACAAUUGGCCAGCACCGAAAAUAUUGAAUAUAUUAGCUUAUUGCAUGAUAGAAUUUAAUGGUUCAUGAAAUUAAACAAAACACACACUGUUGUAAGCAGACUGUAAUAGUUUAUGUUUUCCUUAUAUUGUAUAGAUCUAUCAUAGCGCUUAACGUAACUAAAAUGCACCGUGGAAAAGGUAUCUUAUUAGAGGCGUAGGGCCACGCGGAGAGGUUUUACAUGUUUUAUUUUGUUUUCGUUUUUUUUAAUUACUCAACUAAGAAACUCACAAACAAACAAACUAAUCAAUUUAUAGAGAGACUGGCUAUUACAUACUUCGUUAGCAUAUUGUGUUUAAGGUUUUUAUCGUAUAUUCUUCUUCUCAUGUACUACGUGUUACGUGUAUUUCAAAGUGUUAGAUGUAUGGUUCUUAAUAUUGGGAGACGCUUCCAAAAUUCUACUUAGCUUGGGUGAACAACAACAACGGGACGCUAGGUUAAACGCGCACAAAAGUGACGUGUUAGGCCCCAGACUGAGAUGUCUAGGUUGGCGUUGAUGUGCCCGCAAGAAGAUUCAACGACAGGCGGCAUCACUUUACCUUGAGUGGAUUCGAACUCUCCUGGUAUAGGAAUAGUUUCUCGACACGUAAUGGUAAAGGGAUUGUCUUUUUUGAAAAAUGCGUUCCCAUUUAACGAUCGGCUAAAAUCGGUUAACCUUUGUACAGUUUCCUUUUCGUUCGAAGUCGCCCUUUACAGGGGUCUGUCUCGUUUAAAGUUUCAAUGCUUUUUUAUUAACUUUAUUAGUGUUAGCUGUUUUGGGCAGCAGUAUUCGUAACUAUUCAUAUAAUAUUCACGAGAUUAAAUCGGUAGUACGCGGUGUAGUAACCAACAACCAAUCGUGUAUGGUCAUGGGAAAAAUGUUUGAUAUUGUAUAUGUAACUAUUUUAAACGCUGUUUGUUUUAUUCCUUACUUUUGUGCUUAUCUUGUCUACACAAAUACUACGUUUAUAUGAAAAAAGCAGCAGCAGAUGAUAUACCUGAUACGGGAUUAUAACAAUAAAAACAAAACUAGGAAAACACUGUAGAACAAAACACCAACCGCCAAUAUUUAAAAAAAGUUCGAUGCUCGAGACGCGUAGGACAAAAACAAAACGAACGGAAUUAAUGGUUCAUUUUCAGUAAUUCGUGUUUUGUACUGUUGCCCACCUAAUGGGUCGUUAUAUAUACACACAAACACAUAUAUAAAUCAGUUUGCAAACUGGUCUUACAAUUUAUGAAACAUUGCUUUUCAAAAUAUUGCACACUAGCCAUACCGAUUAAUAAUUGUAUCGUAAACACAGGGACACGAUUUAAAUACAAAAGCCCCCAAACUGAAUUGGGGGAAUUAAUUUUGGGAAUUGUGCAGGAAAUGUGCACUGCUGCUCCAUCUAUUAUCAACCCAACAUGAUCGUAUAAUACACUGGUCUAACCGAGCUCAAGCGGUGGCACUUCGUCAAGUCGAGUUGCUCUUUGGAUUGUUCGGAUACAAAUAUUUUACGGUUGUCAGUUUGUUUUUCUUUAUUUGUGGUAUAUUUGAACACAUUUUUGUACGAUGUAUAAGUAACAUAUUGCCUUAUAUGGAAAUAAUAUGACACUACAAGAAAUGGAAAUAAUCAAUACGAUUUGAUAUAAAAGCUAUCGGUUUUUCUAUGCCCUCGAUACAUACAACAUAUGGAAGCAAAUACGCGCAUAUGUGUAACAGUCGAACAAGAUAAUUUUAAACCAUUUGUGAAGAAGAAGAGCCUAGAAACCUACUACUAUCACUUAGAGCGGAGUAACUUUUUUCAAUGGGGAGUAACAUACAGAUACUAAAAACCACACACACAAAACAAAAAAUAAUGUAAUGGUAUAAUGUAUAACAAACUACACGUUUAUAUAUAUAUAUAUAUAUGCAUAUAAAAGUUUAUGGUAACGAAACGCAAAAAAGCAAAACAACAAAAAAUCUGCCCCGAUGCAGAAGAAUAAAGUCAAACGAAAAAAGUGAAAAAAUCAUUGCAAA